UCAGCUCCCCAUGAACCUCACUUCACAGAAUGUGUAUCAAGGGACCAGGUAACGUUCAGCUGUUGGUGGAGUCCAGGCGCCUUCCACAACCUGUCCGCCCCUGGAGCUGUCAAAGUCUUCUACCUUAAGAAAGACAGAGUCUCUCCAGCCAGCGAGUGGAAGGAGUGUCCGGAGUACAUCCAUUCAAACAGGGAAUGCUUCUUUGACGCAAACCACACAGCCAUUUGGAUCCCCUACUGCGUUCAGCUCCGUAGCCAAAACAACACAACGUAUUUUAACGAAGACGACUGUUUCACUGUAGAAAAUAUAGUACGUCCUGACCCACCCGUGUCCCUAAACUGGACCGUGCUGAAUGUAAGCCCCUCAGGACUAAGCUACGAUGUGAUGGUCAGCUGGGAGCCCCCUCCCUCCGCAGACGUCGGGGUGGGCUGGAUGCGCAUCGAGUAUGAAAUCCAGUACAGAGAGAAAAAUGCCACAAACUGGGAGGCACUGGAGAUGCAGCCACACACCCAGCAGACGAUCUACGGCCUGCACAUAGGAAAACAGUAUGAAGUGCACAUCCACUGCAGGAUGCAAGGCUUUAUCAAGUUUGGUGUAUUCAGUGACUCCAUCUUCAUUCAACUGACAGAGAUUCCUACCAAAGAAUCCUCUCUCCCAUUUACCCUGGUUCUCAUCUUUGGCAUUGUGGGCAUCCUCAUCCUCAUCAUGCUGAUAGUCAUCGCUCAGCAGCACAGGUUGAUGAUGGUUCUUUUGCCACCAGUUCCAACACCCAAAAUUAAAGGCAUCGACUCAGAGCUGUUAAAGAAGGGGAAACUUGAGGAGCUGAAUUUUAUGCUGAACGGGGGAGGCAAAGGUGGCCUACCAACGUAUGCACCAGACUUCAGCCAAGACGAGCCAUGGGUGGAGUUCAUCGAGGUUGAUGAGGACGAUUCGGACGGUGAAGAGAAGGAGGACAACCAGGCAUCAGAUACCCAAAGGCUGCUGGGUCUUCCCCAACCUGGGAGCAGCCAUAGAAAUAUUGCAUGUUCCAACACAAUCAGCCAACCUGACGAUGACUCAGGGCGAGCCAGCUGCUACGACGCAGAUCUGUCUGAACAGGAUACCCAGAUGCUGAUGGCCACUCUUCUGCCGGGCCAACCCGAGGAUGAGGAGGCCUCUUUGGGCUUUACAGAAAGAGCCCCGGCCUUAGAGGGCCAAGAAAGAUCUGUUCUCCAGUCCCAAACUGGAACACCCCAAACCUGGAUCAACACGGACUUCUAUGCCCAGGUCAGCAAUGUUAUGCCCUCUGGGGGGGUGGUGCUUUCUCCUGGCCAGCAACACAGAAUCCAGGAGAACACUUCACCCUCAGAGAAGGAAACGCAAAAGAAGGGAAAGCAAAGUUGUGACAGUGAGGAUGCAGGAGAGAAGAUGGAAAAAGAGCCUCAGUGUGAGCUACUGGAAAUGGAUCCAGAAGUGGGAGGCUACACGACGGAGAUCAACGCCCGGCAGAUCAGUUCUCCUCCUUGCUCUCCCAUACCUGGAGAAGGGUAUCAAACCAUACAACCUCAGCCAGUAGAGACCAAACCGGAAGUCCCAGCAGAAACUGAUCAGUCGCCUUACAUUCUUCCCGACUCUCCCCAAUCACAGUUCUUUGCCCCCGUUGCAGACUACACAGUGGUACAAGAUUUGGACACUCAUCAUAGUCUGCUCCUCAACCCACCGCCCCGCCAGUCACCUCCUCCAUGUCCGCCGCAGCCCCCCUCCAAAGCCCCAAUGCCUGUAGGGUACAUUACCCCAGAUCUGCUGGGGAACCUCUCACCCUGAAAGGACAGUGCAGUCGGAAAUUCUCCGAAUGCGUAGGAAUUGUUUGCCAAGAGGUCUCUUAAAGCCGUGCUAUCCAGCUCCAACAGCUGGAACUUGCAGCUUGAUGAUCACAGGCUUUUUCUCCGGAUACCCAGAGACACAGCUGCACACUAUAUUUGAAACUCUUGUAUGUGUUGAAAAAUGCAGUAAAAGCAAAAAAGCUAAAUUACAUACCAAAUGCACAAUGAGCAUGCAUCCAUGCAUGAUCGUUGUGAAUCAAAAAAACGUUUUGAACUGCCUUAAAUCGCAUUACACCUGUGGUUAAUUGUGUGUAGCGCGAUUACAUUAUUCACGUCUUAAACUUAAAAUAGUGAUUUCAGUGAGUAUUGAUGUCAAGAAGAAGAGCACAUCUUAUUCAUCACCACACAGAGAGCCAUCCUACAUUGGUGGUAACAUGCAUUGCCACUUACGUUUAAAUGUUUCCUGUUUCUUCGUGUCAUCUUAUUAGUACCUCACAAGAGAUAUAUUUUUAUACAAUUAAACCCGACACUGUUGAACACAGCUAUGCAGAUUUGCAUACCUGGCUUUAUGCUAGCUGCACGUGUGAUGGAAUCAAUUAUAUCAAAUCUGAAAAUCAAAUGUAUAAAGUACACUCUUUCAGAUGUGAGUUGUCAGUGCAGCAAAUUAAUACAAUCCAAAGCAAAACAAGUCUCUUAAAACAUUAUAUUUAAGAUCUCAUUUCCUCAUGAGGGCAUACUGAAAGGCACUCUGGAAAAUUGAGGAAAUCCUCUAUUGUUACAAAAGUGAAAAAGUCAGAUAGAAAUGGAAAUUAAAACACUUGGUUAAGUAUAUCCUAAAAUGAGUGCAUUUAUAAUGCUGACAUUCAUUAUUUUAUUUUCACACCAACAAAAGAACCUUCAUCAUUAAUGUGACUGAAGUGAAACUGUUCUGAUGCAGGAAAGGAUUCGCCCACCGCUUGAAGCCACUCUGCAAACUCGUGCAGUGAACUAUGUAGCACCACUAAGUGCCUUGCUCAAGAGCACUCUGAUUCAACUAUUAAGAAAAUAGAAAUGGGGUAAUAACUGGUAACCCGGUCAAAAUAGUUUAACUGAAACUUUACUGGUCAUGUUCUCUGUUAGGGAGUUUUAAGCCUCCCAACAUGUGUUGUUAAUGCAGGGAGACCAACUGGAUAGCUGAAAGACUGUGAAAUUGUUUAUAUUAUACAUGUAUUUAGCCAAAACUAUACUCAGUAUCUACCACACAUAAGAACCUGUGCCCAUCAUAGUGGUAUUGGCUUGCCAUUUCAGUGUCAAAAUUCUUUGCUUUUGUGAUUUGGAUAGGUGCAUUUAUGCAUUGUUGUGUACAGAAAAGUAUUGCUAUGUAUAGAGGGACUGACAUACAUCCUACAUAGAUACUCUGCACAUGUGCAAAUAAAGAAACAUGCAUGCUUAUACUUACACCACGUAUGAAAAACAGUUACGUAUCAUAGACCCAAAUCUUGUGAGACAAAAAUUAGGUCUUGAUAAAACACUUUAAAGCAAAAGUAAUCAAUAAAGUUUACACAGAGAUGAAUGAGAGGACAGCAAAUGAGAGCUCCUCCAAGGUUUUCGGCCUGACAUUAUGACUCUCAUAGACCCAAAUUUUUGCUAAUAAGCUGUCUGAACCAGUUGAAUUUGUCUCACAGCAUAUGCGUGUUUUCAUAAUGAAGCACACUGAAUUGUCAUAUCAAGUCCACAGCUGAAUCAGAGCCAUUGUUGAUGCAAAGUAUGGAAGAAUCCUCUCGCGGUGAUCAAGACAUACUAAAUGGCUCAAAAGAAACACAUCCAUUCUAUCAGUUAUGCUGUUUCGGAUUCUUUCUUGAAAUGAAUGGGCCCAUGUCUUGGAUAGAACAGGUCUUUAGUAUGAGACAAUCCCAUAAGAAAGAGAGUCAAAGCAAGAGCCAUGACACAACAGUGUUAAAAUGUGAAUCUGAUAAAUAUGUGCCAUUUUUUCUCUCUGCCUCUCUGUAAAACAAUCUCUGCUGCUGCUGCCAUGUGCGGAUGAUGCCAGCAAGUUAAUGCUGUUGCAGAAAUGUCUUAAUAUAUUCAUUAUUGUUGUAAAGUUGCAAGUAUAUAAUUUUUGAGUCAUUAAUGUUACUUGUUACGUUGUAUUGCUGCUUGGUACAAGUUUUUCUUCUAAAUUCAGCCUCACCUUAGUGGAGAAGGUUUAGAGAAGAGUGCAGCAAUCUUUACAUUGUAUGAGGUUGAGACUGAGUGUCUCAAAAUAUUCUAAAGGAAAAUGGGAAGAUGUGGUUUGUUGACUUUAAAAGUAGCAUGACAAAAUGACAGAGGUGCCUCAAAGUCUGUGACUAUGCUCACACUCAUCCAAAGAUCCCAGAAGGCUGUUGCCUUCGUGAAGGAACAAGAGAGACUUAAGGAGACACGGUUAAACCUCUCUUUCCGUUGUACGAUAGUAACUGUGAAUCUGUAACUGGAGUAUGAAAUGCAGUCAGAAUACAGAGAAAAAGGUUUUAAACAGUGUUUGUAUCAUUGACAGUCAGAUAGCUGUGUAGGGUGGUGCUUUUCUUCCCUUUGGAGCUUACUGUCAGGUGUUUACUUCUGCUUGUUCACUGUGCUUAUUCAUGAUGUUGUGUCAGAAAAUUGUUAUUUCAAGCUUACAUAUAUUAAAGACACUUUAGGGGAAGCACUUUGUACACAUACAGUAUAUAUUAAAUGUUUAAAACACUAUUUAGAUUUUAUAUCUUUGGCUCAAACAUGUUACGUGUUAUUUCCAUGUCACUAAAAGACAGCAUUAUAUUUUCUAAGUCAGCACAAAUAUCAGACAGUGAGGAACUUUCAACAUGAAUAAGCUUCAUUUUUGUUUUACAGAAUUUCUGUUUAUAGAAUGUAUUUUACACAGAUGAUGUAUUGUUAUGGAGUAUUUAAUGUUUGUUAUAGAAUUUAUUGAUAGACCAGAAAUCUCCUUUAUGAAGUCAUAUCAAACUUUAGGUGGAAUUAAAUGGUUAUAUAGUAAUUCUGUGUUAUUAUUUCUCUCUGUCAAUGUGCUAUUUUAGCUUUUCAAUUUCUUUUUUUUCAAUAGCUCAUCAGAAGUGCAUUUUGACAGGGGAGAGCAUUUUAUGAUGAUGGGCUUUUCCUGUUGCCUGAUUUCAGAAGGGUAGCUUUUGUCGUUUGCUUAAGUCUGGAAGUAAUUUUGCUGGAAUUUGUGCCGGUUGUUCAUGUUCAACAGACAAAGAACACUGAACCGCAUAUGUUUUCAGAUUUUUAUGGAAAUUGUUUGAUUCUUGACUUAAAUAUUGCGGUAUAUAGUCUUUUUUCAUAACAUUCAGUGGCUCCACUUUCUCCUUUUUCCCAUGUGUUAACACAUUGUCCACCAUAUGUCAUCUAUUGUCAUAAAACUGGAAAUAUUUCUCAUGCCAGAUUCGGAAACAUCUGUAUUUCAGCCUCAAGUGUGAGAAAAUGCCAUAGUUUGUUAGUCCACAGUGGCUGCAGUAAGUAAUAUGGUUUCAGCCCCCCCUUCCUUGGAGCACCUGUUCUUGUUUAAUGGCUGCUGCUUUUUGUUUGGGCCACAAGCUGUGUUGAUCCUGGAUAUUUUGUUAAAGUACUUUUACAGCUAAGCAUUUAUAAUGUUGUAUGUGUGAAACCUUUAACAAUUUACACAAUAAAAUACAGCA